CUUGUUUCACCCUGACAGCUUCAGUACAGAGGUUUGGCUCAACACCCAGAAGAGAAGUAAAAAAAACCUGCCUUCUCAAUGGAAGACAACAGUGAACCCGAGCAGAGCUCCUGGGCUCAUCUACCUGAUGUCUGUCUGAGGCGUGUCUUCCAUUGGUUAGAUGACAGGGACAGAUCUCGGGCUGCCUUGGUCUGUAAAAAAUGGAGUUGGGCCAUGCACUCGGGAUCCCUCUGGAGAAUCAGAACCAUCACAUUCUAUGGCCGACCAUCAAGGGCACACACUUUGGAGUUUCAAAGUGCACUGUGGUAUGUCAAGAAAUUUGGCAAGUAUUUGGAGCACCUUGAGAUCAAGUUAUCGAAUCCUUACAAUACUGCCUUUACCCAAAAAUUUCAAGUGACCAUGAGAGGUCUUCUAUCACACCUGAGUAAGUGUAACAGUCGCCUAGUAUCCCUGAGCAUCAAGUACCUGGCAUUAGACCACUUCAUCUGGAAAAAUGUGGUCAGGGCUCAGUUUAUCAAGAACUUAGCUACCUUCCUGAAAAGAAUGAGCAAACAGCUUGAUUAUCUCAAUUUAAAAGGAGCAAGAGUAACCUUGGAAGAAGGCUGUGAGCUUCUGAAUUCUCUGAGCUGCCUGACAAAUAAGAGCUUUGUAUCUAAAAUCAAUAUUGAGGAUUUCUUCAGUCUCCACCUUCCUGUCUACAGCAGUGCCUUGUUCCACCAAACUAUGUCCAAGUUCCACAACCUGGUCACCCUGACUUUCAAUUAUAACUGCAUCUCUGAUGAACUGCUGGACAUCCUGCAGGAGCACAGUGCUCAUUCCCUGUGCACCUUGAAUAUCAAAUGUCAUAUCCAUGACCCUCAUGGGCAAGCCGUCUGGGGAAUGUCAUGGGCAAAGUUGGCCAAGAGCGCCCCAAAACUGACCGUGAACUUUUUCUUUGAGAGAGUUAUGAAGCAUGAUCACCUAGCCAGGAUCCUGCUAGUGGAGAUCCCAGUCAGGAGCAUCAGUCUGCGGAGCUGCUAUUUCAGUGACCCAGACUGGAUAAUGAGACCUACCCUCACCAACCUCCUCCCAGCCUACUGGCAUGUUCUGCAGAAAUUAACACUCGAAUUAAACAAUGACCAUGAACUCCUGGACAAUGAACUGCUACAGCUCAUCUUAUUGUGCAAACAGUUGUUAUUUCUGAAAGUCUGGGCAUUUCUAAGUGUCACCUUUAUGGACAGGCUGCUACAAAACCGUGCAGAAAGGAAAUGCAUUUUGACUACCAUAAAGGUCAGGAUUUACACAGCCCGACAAGAGACCAGUGAAGAGGAUCAGCUGUUGUGCGAUAUUUACAGGAAGUUCAAAUACCUGAUUGACUCAGAGCUGAAUUAUUUUGUCAUCACCUACCCAAUGGUGUAAACCACAGGGAGAGAGAGAAGAACACCCAGUGACAUCUACAAGCAAUGAAUGGAUCCUUUGGAGGGCAUUAGUAAGGGAUUUGAAUCUUGACAGCAGC